AAAAACACUUGAGAAUGAUGAAUGCUAAUGUUUUCAUUGCAGCCAAAUAUGGUAAUAUCGAUGCUAUUAAGAAAAUGCACGGGCAAAACCCUGGACAACUGAAGGAAGUUACUUAUGAAAACAACACUGUCCUGCACAUCGCUGCGAGGGAAGGACAUUUGGAGGUUGUUAAAUGGAUUCUUCAAAAUGUUAGAGACUGUUGUAUGUCUGGAGCUCGCAAUUCUGAUCUCAAUACGCCGCUGCACGAAGGUUCUAAGAGGGGAAAUGCUGAGAUAAUUACUACUCUUCUUCGCUACAACAAGUGUGCAGCCACUAAACGCAAUCAGUUAGGAGAGUCAGCUCUGUUAAUAGCUUCAGAGCAUGGUCACGUGGAAGCAGUUAGGGUUUUGGUGGAAAAGACCCCGUUACAUAUCAUCCUCUGGCCAAGGGAGGACCACCAAACUUGCCUUCAUGUCGCUUCUUAUGGAGGGCAUUUAGAGAUAGUAAAGUUGAUAAUUCUGAGGCCUAGUUUCUGCAACAUUUUGCAGCUCAUUAUGCUUAUGCGUGAUAUCCAUGGUGCCACACCAUUGCAUUCUGCUGUUCAUGGGGGGAAUGCAAAUAUUGUGAGUGAAAUUGCAAACACAAAAUUAAGUUGGAGAUUUUGUAUGAAUUGGUUUGACAAGAGGUUAAUGACAAAGAAGGAUAAGUUUGGAAGGUGUGCAGUACAUUUAGCAGCAAUCAAGGGUGAUGAGGAGAUAAUGAAUGAAUUCCUUUCAAGAAUGCCUUAUUGUACCGAAAUUCGUAGUACAGAUCUUAAAACUGCUCUACACUUUGCUGUAGAACAUAAUCAAUUUGAGAUGGUGAAGAAGCUGCUCCCUCAAAACAAGAUAGAAGAAAUGUCAGAAAUAGUGAGAUAUGACCGAGACAUUUCUGGAAAUACAGUGCUACACUUGGCCAUCUCCAAUGGAGGGGAUCCAGAGCUUGUAGAAUAUCUUUUACCAUUUGUAAAUGUGAACACCAUCAAUAAUGAAGGACUUAGAGCAAUUGACAAAGCUGAUCCUGCAGCUUUUGACAAUGAAUUCAAGUUCACCAGGAUCGCAGGGAUUGUCGAAGAGGUCGGAGGAUCUCGAAGUUUUAUAGGAAAUUUCAGACCACCUAAUUCAAUGGAUUUCAAACAAGGAAGUAAUGGAGAUGAAAAAAUCAUGGAUGUGGACACACUGGUGGCAUCACUCAUUGCCACAAUCACAUUUGCAGCCAUUUUUACUGUACCAGGAGGAACUGACAAUAAUGACAGUGGAACUGGCGGUAAGAGCGGACGAGUUGUCGCUACACAUAAACCUAGUGGAGAUAUCUCUAUAAAUAGUGGAAUUGCUCGAAUGACAUUGGACACUAUUUUUCAAGUGUUCUUGUUCUCUGAUAGCCUUGCCAUGUUUGCGUCCCUCACAGUUGUUAUUGCCUGGUUAUUUCGAGAACGGUUACAAACAAAGCUGAUUGCAGAUCGUUCAUUAUUAGCCAAUUUAUCAGCUUUGAGCUUGGGGACUUCCGUAGUCUCCACUGGACUUGCAUUCUUGAGUGCAACCAUCCUACUCACAAUACCCUCUAAAUCUCAACAAAAGGAGAAUUCUCAUAAAUAUGACUUGUUGUUAUGGGGUGAAAUAUUCACAGCGUUUUCUACACCACUACUUUCGGUCAUUUUCCUGUCAACUUUGUGGGCUAUUGAGUAUCACUUCAAAGCUACAGUGGAAAUCCGAGCCCGACUUAGGAAGCAACUUAAAGAAGCCCUCAUCUAUAUGAUUCCACCUUUUGCUAUUGUAUUGGGAAUUAUUAUUGGUUAUGGAUUUACUAAAUUUUGAUAGAACUGUGGACAAUAUAUUUUCUGUAACUCUUCAUUU